GUGUGGAGUUUGCAUGUUCUCCCCAAAAGGAUGCAACAUUAGUUGGACGCUCUGUUUUGUUCCUUGGUCUGAGUGCGAUUGUUGUCUGUCUCCAUGUGCCCUGCCAUUGGCUGGCAACCAGUUCGUUGUACCCAGUCUCCUGUCAUGUCCCCAACUGGGAUAUGCUCCAGCACUUCCGCAACCCUUCAUGACCUGCCCUCCCAGCAAGCGCCUCCGAGGCCUGAACCAGGACAUCCCGAAGGCGGACCCCUUGGAGGCCGACCCCUUUGGGGACGACGACGACUUCACUCAGGAUGACCUGGAUGAGAUCGACACCAUUGCCUCGCAGGCCAUCAGCUUCACCGCUGCGCCGGCGACUAGACCGGGAUGGGAGCGAGCGCACGGGUCAGGAUUUCGUCCGCCGCUGGAGAGAGAGAACGCCGGCGGCCUCAGUGGCCUGGGCGACCAUUUGGGGGCACACAGCAGAGAGCCUCUGGGCAACAGGGCACAACAUGUCGGUGCACACCGAGAGGACUCGUACAUCUUGCUGGAAGCACAGCAUGCAGAUCUCCGGAGGAAGCUGAAGGAGGUGGAGGAGGAGAUUGUGCUGAAAAACGGCGAGAUCCGGGUGCUCAGGGACUCGCUGAGAGGGGUCCAGCAGGAGAAGGAGACCCAGAGGCAGACCCUGGCCCUGCUGGAGAAGCAGAAGCUGAGAGAGCAGAGUGACAAGGAGAAGGAGCUCAACAAGAAGGUUCAGUCGCUGCAGUCGGAACUGCAGUUCAAAGAAGCCGAGAUCAAUGACAUGAAGAGCAGGCUGCUCAGCGUCGACAGGAGCAAGCCGGCGUCGCCGCUGCCGCGGAACAGCCCCAAAGUGCCCAAUUGCCUUCUCCAGCUUCAGCACAGCGGAAGCGCCUCCUCGCCAACAGGAAGUGGUUUCAUCACAAAGGAGGCGUUCGCGGCGCAUCUCCCGUCCAGAAACGCGUCGCUCAAAACUCCCGCCAAGACGUGCAGAGACGGAGCUGUUGACAAACAGGAAGCCGCCUGGCCUGAUCCGUUCCAGCGCGACCGACCGGCACACCAGCAGCACCGAGGUGGGGUCCUGCUGGGCUUGUUGCUGCAGCAGCCUCUGUCUCCCAGCACCAUUUGCCUCUCUCACCUGCUGUCCGUCAGCCGGAGUGACGCCCGCUCGACGGCCAGGCCGGACUCAACCCCGGCGCUGUGGGACUUGAGGUAAAAUAUUUGCCGAGCCCCCCGAGCGGGCCUCAGCGCGGUUCAGAGUCUGGCGGUGACCGGACUCAACAUGCUGAGUCAAAGUCGACCUAGGUCAGCAAACGCCAACAAUGGGUGUCCCGGAGCCGUGCUUCUCCUUCCACUGCUGGACCUGCACUUGUCUCGCCUCUGUCAGGCCCUGGAUGCCCAGGGCACGGCCUCCGGGCCUCUGCUGAAAACGCACCCGGGCCCCACGGGACCGGGUAGGCCAGACGAGGCGGUCGCGAGUGGCGAUAGUCUGGAAGAUGCCGGGCUGGCGGCACUGAGGAUCCUGCACCUGCUGAUGGACCACAGCGAUGAGGUGGUCCAGGCAGUUCUCUCAACACAGAGUGAAGGCAGCACGGAAAACCAGGUCAGCACCGCUGUGGCAGCGGAGCCUCUCGACUCCCACAAUGCCGUGCUGCGGUCCGUCUUGCGCCUCUGCCGCGCCAGUGGAGCGGGAGGUGCGCUGGAUGAGAUCGCGGUCAGCGCCGUGAAGGCGGCCAGGGUCCUGAUCGAGAGGGCGCCGGAUGUGCACGCCGACCGGCUGCCGCGUGUGCUGGAGGCGCUGCGCACGUGCGUGUCGGCCCACGUCAAGCCACGCGUUCUCGCCGAGUGUGCCGCCGCCCUGUUGUGUGCAUGUGACCGCACUUCGCUCUCUCGGCAGGUCUGCUCCCAGCACGGUGAACCCUGCAUCAUCCUGAAGUUGCUGCAGCACGUGCGGAACAGACCCGUCAAGCAGGCGUCGCACGCCGAACUCAUCCUCCUGGACCUGCAGGUGGUUCGAUUGUUCAACCGGCUCACUCAGACGGCGGAGAGCUGGCAAAGCAACAGCUGCCAAUGCUACACUGAGCUGGUUCAGACGUCGGUGGGUCUCCAUCGUCAGUGGCUGGAACUUCACGAUUCCCCGGAGCCGACGGCCAGGUCACCUGACCCCGACGCCGGCGCGUCGUGGUGGCGACGGCCGGCGGCGGCGCUGCUGCGCGAGUGCCUCCGUCUUCUUCACUGGCUCCUCUACCAUCACGCCGGCUUCUCGGCCAGCUGCAGGUCGCUGCUGCACAUGUACGACCAGGCCGUACCGGCCGUGCGAGACACCCUCAGGAAGAUCCCCGAGCUGAGCGAGAGCGAAGAGCUGGCCUUGGAGGAAAUCUGCCGCCCGGAAGGCGACGACACCGACGACCAGGACAGUGAUUCCGGCUCAUGAUUGGUUCAUCGCCGUAAUGGACACUUUAUUACUGUAUGUGCCACAAAGUCCAAAUUCAGCAAGGAAAAACAGAAGAACCAGACUCUAAAGACAUUGAACAAUAAUCAGGAUAAUUAAAAAAUAUAUAAUAUUAUCAUAUAUAUAUAUGUAUAUAAAUGUUUGGCCGAUUACCUCGCUUGCUGCUGCUGUUUGUGAUUCUCUGCAAAACAGAAACGUUAACCAUUUAGGAAACAGCCGCAUACAGUUUUGAGCCUUAUACGGUGGCUGUAUCCGCUUUUGUUUUUUGUGUUUGCACUUUACAGCCACCGUACACUUGAGCACACGGGGAGGGAACGAACAAUGACAGUUAGAGUGACAGGUGACGAAGGGCUGUUUUCUGCCACCUUCAGUAGACGCCCACACAAUCUGCAGAUGUAGAGCUGGUAUCAUUUUUCGCGAUUGUACAGCCUUAUUUUACAUACAUGGGGAUUUUGUUUGUUAUUCAUUCAAAAUUCUCAUCCAAGAACUUUAACGUUUGCCUGUACUGUAUUCCACUGGGUCUUUACUUGGUCCUCUUAUUUUCCAGUUUCUACAGUCGUGGAAAAAAGUGAUUAGACCACCUGUGUUCCUUCAAUUUCUCGUUGAUUUUAAUGCCUGUUAUCACAAAAGGAUGAAAUGACAAAAAUCCAGCUGA